AUGGACUAUGAUUGGUCACGGCAGCAAGGGGCGUUCGUACAUCCACACCCCAGCACUACCCAGCCCUUCGAGCCAUCUGGCUCAGUUCCUCUACCGCUCUCAAUAUCUGUCGCCAACUUGUCAGCGCCUCCAUCCCAAGAUACAGCACAGACUGUGCCCCUGACACAUCUGAGUAGUUCCGCCCUUCCCACUGAAAACAUUCCUUUCUACGGUAUGGCCACGACUGGUGUCCUGUCUUACACCCUCAACAACACUCCACCAACUAUAGCUCCAUUGAUCGCCCAAUUUCAGACACAACCCUGUUCCCGUCCACCCAAAGCACCUUUUACCAGCAAUGCACCCAGGCAAACCCACCUAUAG